GCUUAAGGAGUUGACAGAGAAGGGAUGGAUUCGGCCUAGUACUUCCCCUUACGGAUCACCCGUUCUAUUCGUACCGAAGAAGGGGGGUACGUUGAGGAUGUGCAUUGACUAUAGAGGCCUCAAUGCCAUCACAGUGAAGAACGCAGAGCCUCUGCCUCGCAUAGACGACCUAUUGGAUAGGGUACAGGGAUGCAAGUACUAUAGUAAGAUAGACUUGAAAUCCGGAUAUCGUCAGAUCGCAACAAGACCUGAGGACCAACACAAGACAGCCUUUCGGACCAGAUACAGUCUGUAUGAGUUUGUAGUGAUGCCCUUUGGUCUUUGCAAUGCGCCAGGUACAUUCCAACACGCUAUGAAUCGGAUCUUCCAUGACCAUUUAGAUAAGUUUGUCGUGGUAUACCUUGACGACAUUCUAAUCUUUAGCACGUCUGCCGAGGAGCAUGCAAAGCACGUUGAGACUGUACUCUCACUCCUGCGACGGCACAAGUAUAAGGUCAACUUAGAGAAGUGUGAGUUCGGUCGCACUAAGAUACUAUACUUGAGUCAUGAAGUAUCCGCGGAAGGGAUUAGGCCGGAGGAUGCGAAGGUGGCUAGUACUCGAGACUGGCCACGACCUCAGACUGUCAUUGAGGUCAGAUCUUUCUUAGGGAUGUGCGGCUACUAUAGGAACUUCGUAAAGAACUAUUCUACAGUCGCCUCUCCUUUGACUGAUCUAACUCGACUUGACACGCCGUGGGACUGGAGUGAUGAGUGCGAGGGUGUUUUCAAGAGAUUGAAGCAUGCACUCCUGAAUCAUGAGGUUCUCAUGGUUCCCGAUCCUCAGAAGCCAUUCAUAGUGACCACUGACGCAAGUCACUACGGCAUUGGCGCAGUGCUGGCUCAACAGGAUGGGAAAAAGUUGAGACCGAUUGAGUAUAUGAGCAAGAAGAUGCCAUCAAAGAAGUUGGCAAAGUCCACCUAUGAAAGGGAACUCUAUGCUCUAUAUAAAGUACUUGUCCAUGGGAGACACUUCCUAUUGGGAAGGUUCUUCUACUUGAGGACUGAUCAUCAGACCCUCAAAUGGAUCAAGACUCAACCGGCUCUUUCUGAUGCACUCAAGCGAUGGAUUGAGGUCAUAGACCAGUAUGACUUCAAGCUUGAGUAUCUGAAGGGAGAGUAUAAUAAGGUUGCUGAUGCGCUAUCACGUAGAGCAGACUACCUAGGUGCGCUAGUUUCUGACUUUGGCGUAUCUGAUGAAGUAACUCAAUCAAUGGUGGGAGCCUAUCAGGAAGACCCUGUCACGAUGGACAUCAUUCGCAAACUUCAGGCAAAAGACAAGGCCACGGAAAGCGAGUUUGUGAUGGUGGACAUGCUCCUCUAUCUUGAUAAGGCCGGAAUAAAAAGAUUAGUAGUUCCAUGUAGUGAACCUUUGCGUAGUUUGUUCUUAGGAGAAUGCCAUGACGCAACGGGACACUUUGGCUACAAGAAGACGAGUGCUAACCUAGUACAGCGAUUUUGGUGGCCAGGAAUGUUAGAUGACGCAAAGAAUUGCCUCAUCGCCAGCCUGUACAACAAUGUUGUCCACAGCAGUACCGGCGUUAGUCCCAAUCAACUUCACUUGGGAUGGAAGCCUAGAUCAGCAUUAGACUUCCUCCUACCUGAAAACCGACCCGCUGCAACUCUAGGCACACUUGAAUAUGGUGUGCAGUAUGAGAAGUUGCUGCAAGAAGCUGUCGAGCACAUGAAGAAAGCUCAGCAAGCCAUGAUUGAUUCUGAGAAUCAACAUCGUAGACAGUCCAUAUUUCAGGUAGGGGAACGUGUCUGGGUCAAGGCCAGUGAGUUAGGACAGGAGUUCGGAAUAUCUCGCAAACUAAUGCCUCAGUACUUUGGUCCCUGGGAAGUCCUGGAUAUAGUGGGAGAUGAGAUGGAUGGCCCCACAUAUGUCAUUCGUGUCCCUGGACACCUACGCACUCACCCAGUCUUUCAUGCCUCAAAGCUUGCACCUUUUGCUGAGACAGAUCAAUUCCCUUCCAGGAGAUCGAUGCUGCCCCCAACCAUGGAUGGUCAAGUGGACAUCGAUCACAGGGAUAUGCCUGUUCCAAAGCCGCUGGGUCGAGGAAGACCUCCUAAACCCAAGAGAGAGUAUCGCGUCAGAUUCAGGCAUCAUACGGAUCCAAAAGAAGAUAGGUGGUUUACCAGAGAGGAACUGAUUGAGACAGCUCCUCAGGUGGUGGCAGAAUACGAGAGACUGCUGAAACGGAAGGCACCUGCGAAGUAAGCAUCUCAGCGGACUUUCGAAGCUAAGGGGGAUGGAAUGUGAGUAUUGAGCCCUCAAGAA